UUUGCUUUGGAGCCCGCUGCCAUCAGCAGAGGAGGGAGGAGGUGGGCGAGGGGUUGUUCACAAGGAAUGGGGUCCCUGUGUUGAGUCGGGGGCUCAGAGCCACCCCCGUGGAACUGCUCCAGGUGGGUGUGGUGAUGGGGGAGAGGGUGUCAGCGUGACGAGGGGGUUGGGGGCAGUUAUUGACCCCCAGUUGGUGGCAGGGGGAACCCAGGAGCAAGCACCCCGUGGGGGCUGUUCUGUUGGGGGUGGGAGCUCGUUCCUGGUUCAGCUGUUACUUUGGAUUUUACACCUGGGGCACACAGAGGAGGGGAGAUAUCGGGGAGGGGGAGGAAGGAGGUUUCUUUUUAUCUAAAUUUCGGAUUUUUUUGGUGUUUUUUUUUUUUUUUUUUUGAACGUAACGUUCAGAACAAGUUCAAUAAACUUUUUUUGGAGAAAAAAAAAGAAACCCACAAAACCACUUGAUGCUCCAACUCAUCUAAGAACGAAGUGCUUCUAGUGGCUAUAGGAGGAGCUCCGGCCCCCCCCUACAUCGCAGCAUCGCAAUGAGGGAGGCGGGACCUUGGGAGAUGCGGAGGGGUCGGGGCUGAGCGUGGAGCGGAGCGCUGCGCACACGGAGCGGUGGCGGUGCGGGACGCUCCGCAUCAUGGGCUGCGGCUGCGGGCGGCUGCUGGGCGUCGUGUGCCCGCUGCUGCUGCUGCUGCUGCUGCCGCACAUCGGUGAGUGCCGGGGGGUGGGAUGCCGGAGCUGGGAUCCUUCUCCUUCCCGAGCCCUAACCCGCUGCGGGGAUGGAUGUGGAGCCGUCACUCAGGAGCCCAUCAGCACAGCAGGGAAGUGCAACACCAUCUACAAGGGCUUUGCUGGCUGCCUCAUCAGCCUGGGGGACAGCAUGGCCCAGAGCGUGCGGCAGCAGCGGGACGAGGAGGAGGAGGGCGGCCAGGAGGCGCAGGAGUUGGACACCAUCUGCAGGUCCUGGGAUGAGUUCCAUGCCUGUGCCAGUGGGGUGCUGUCCCGCUGCCCCGAAGAGGCGGCCGCCAUCUGGGAGUCUCUACGCCAGGAAUCCCGCAAGAUCCAAUUCCAGGGCAACCUGCAGGAGCUGUGCAGCACUCGGGGCCGCCUGGCCAGUGCCCAGGGCUCACCGCCUGCUGAGACCAACCAGGCCACGCUGCGGGGCUCAGCCCCCCCCAGACACCCCACCAUCCUGCCCCUGCUGGCCCUGGUGCUGCUGGGCGCCUGGGUGUAGUGCUGCCCUCAGCUGAGGACCUGCCGUGCACUGCAGCCUGGGGUCCCCACUGACCUCAGCACAGUCACAGGUUGAGCCCCAGCCUGGCCCUGCAGCCCUCACCCCCUCCUGGAACCCUUCAGAUGAGUUUAUAUUUAUAUUAAAAUAUGCUUUUACAUUUC